AUGACAACGACAACGACGACGUCGACGGCGCCGGCGCCGGCGGCGGACGACCUGCGGCUCCACGACCUAAAAACGUACAAGCACUGCCAUGAGAUCUUCGUAGCUUGCGUUUCUGCGUCGUCUGGAACUGGAGUGCAAGCAACCUGCCCGACGACUACCGUCACAUUGCAUAGCCGGGGGCCUACCAGCAAGGUCGCUCCCAAUUCAGGUUCGCCUGCACCUUCGCAUCCGCUGGCUCAGCCGCUUGCCACGCUCAUUGUGCUACUAUCGGUCGCGGCGUUCGGCACAGCCCUAACAAUAGUCCGUGGCUUUACGGACCUCGAUAAAAGCGGUGUUUGGUCUACCAUGUCGGAAACGGGAGUACUUGUUCAUUUAGGAGCCUCCUAG